AUGCAACUAACCUUCAAUUUUGGCUCCAAAGCAAAAAUUUUGGCUAUCCAACGAGAAUAUCAGCUUUGCGGACGAGCAGUGCGGGAUCUUUGCAUCCGAAUGGGACAUUCGGAUGGCACACGGUUCAUCACGGAAGUUUGGUGGUGGAUGGAGGAACGCAAGAUCCCUUGGGACGUCAUUGAUAUUAAUGCUGAUCAUAAAAAUACAUUCGAAACGACUACUAAUGACGUUGCUAUCGAGAGUAACACGAGUCGCUCUAAGUUGGCCUUAUCUGCACUUAAAGCUUCUUCUGCUGCUCGUUCUAUAGCUACAGUUGCUCACUCGAAGCUGACAAAAAGUAGGCGUAAAGGUUUGUCACCUAUAGUAAAAAGCCCAAGCGUCAAGGCUUCUACUGCUUCGUCUCCUGUUGCUAUUGAAACAGAGACGAGUUCUCCAAGCUCUAGUGACGUUACGAAAGCCUUUGACCCUCUUUCUUCUGUAGCUUCAGCUGCAGGGUCAUUAACUUCUGGCCUUACGUCGUCAAUCACUAGUGCAACGUCGACUUUUGGCUCACUGCUGUUCUCGUCCCAAGACUCGACGGUUAGCAAUGCUCAUGACGUGGAUGAACGGACAACCAGUACCGAACGAACUACUGAGGAGAAUGCAGCUGUUACUGCGGUGGAAGCUGCUGAGAUGCUUCAACAGAUAACGGCACAACAGAAGAUGAAAAUCUUGGAGGAUCUGGUGCAGCAGCGACGUUCGGACUGGAAUUAUCUCAAGGCGAUUCACGAAGGCUCUAAUUAUUGGCUUAAUAUUGCGCUGAUACGAGAACAGCAGGUGAUGAGCCACGUUGGAGAGAAACAAAGCAUUCGUCGUGCUGCACAGUACUUCUAUCUGGGAAUUGGACUGGGGAGAUUAGUAGGCGAAGUGACGCACCGAGAGUUACUAGCGAUGGACUGCUGCCAGUUACUGGAAGAACUUGAGUUUUAUUUCUCAUCCUCGACGGUGCAGGGCAUGAAAAUGAUGCUGGCGACGUCGAGUACGCUACACGAACCUGUUGACAAGGAAAAUAGUCAGGAGCUCUCGAAUGACGAGCCUUUCCGACCAACCAUGCACAAGUGGAACCAACGUCCAGUAUACCGCCGCCUCUUGACACCUUCUGUCCCUUUCCCGCUCGACUACCGAGAAGUGCUGCUCUCUUUGUGCGAUAUCCUGGCACUUGUCUACAGCAAACUGAUUGAAGACAGUAGUGCUUCUUCAAAUGCGAAUGUAUUCCAAGCGAUAAUCCGGUUCGAUGAUCGCAUAAAGAAACUAUUUAUUGACCCUGUCAAAAAGGAGUUUUUGGCUGUGGCCUUGCAAGUUAUGACCGAAGAGAUAAGACUUGUCCGAAGGUCCUAUGCGUGUGGUACUCCAAGGGGUAGUGAAGCUAGUGAUACUGAUUAA